UUACAUUUAUAUUCAAGUGUUUUUAUAAAAAUAAAAAAUAUGUAUGAUGUUUCAGGUCUCGGUUUGGGCUGGAAAAUUACCCUUCUGAACAGGACCAAAAUCUCAAUUUUUUGGGCUGAUGACUUGACCUAAAUCUAUUUGGUCCAGACUGAACGGUCCAGCAUGGUCCAUCUUUCUAUUCCAGAUCAAAACAUGAACACCCCUCUUUGGAGUUGUAUAUAUGUCUAGACUCUAGAAAAUUCAAUUAAUCCUGAAUAUUUUUAACUAGGUAGCUUCAUAGAUACUGUUUUGGUUAUAUCAGUACAUGUUUUCAUUAGACUUGAAGCAUAAUUAUUGUAACAUUUUCUUAGUUGGUGAACACAAAACAGUGUAUAUUUUAUGACAUGGUUAGCUCAUUUAGCUGUGGUUGAAUCCUCUUAUUUUCAUAUUAUUUUAUUUUAAUGCUUUAGUGAAACUGCAAUUCGGUUUUAUGCCUGGUCGCUCAACAACUGAGGCUAUUCACCUUCUUCGGCAACUUAUGGAGAAGUAUAGAGACGUUCACAAGGAUUUGCAUUUAGUGUUCAUUGACUUAGAAAAGGCAUAUGAUAGGGUACCUCGAGAAGUUCUUUGGUGGGCCUUAACUAGAAAAGGCAUUUCACGCAAGUAUAUCAGCAUCAUCAUGGAUAUGUAUGAGGAUAGUACUACAAGUGUUCGUACUAGUGUAGGGAGGACUGCGGAGUUCCCUAUUACUAUCGGAGUGCACCAAGGAUCGACUCUGAGCCCUUUUUUAUUUGCCAUAGUCAUGGAUGAACUUACAAAGUCAAUUCAAGACGAUAUACCGUGGUGCAUGAUGUUUGCCGACGAUAUUGUAUUGAUUGAUGAGACGCAAUCAGGGGUUAAAGCAAAGUUGGAAGUAUGGCGACAGACAUUGGAGAACAAGGGUUUCAGACUAAGUAGAAGCAAGACAGAGUACAUGGAGUGCAAGUUUGGUGGAGGUAGAAGCAGUGGUAAUAGCGGAAUUACUUUAGAUGGUAAGGAGAUACCGGUCAGCGAUAUGUUCCGUUAUUUGGGCUCCAUAAUUCAGAAGGACGGUGAGUUAGAUGGAGAUGUAUCUCAUAGAAUCAGAACAGGGUGGAUGAAGUGGAAGAGUGCGUCAGGAUUUCUAUGCGAUUGAGGUAUGCCGACUAGACUGAAGGGUAAAUUUUAUAGGACAGCAAUUAGGCCUGCAUUACUGUAUGGCACGGAGUGUUGGGCGGUGAAACAAUGUCACAUUCAAAAGAUGAGUGUGGCAGAGAUGCGCAUGCUGCGUUGGAUGUGUGGGCAUACUAGAAAGGACCGCGUGAGGAAUGAGACAAUUAGACAAAGGGUGGGAGUAGCACCUAUUGAAGAUAAGAUGCGGGAGUCACGCCUACGGUGGUUUGGUCAUGUGCAUAGAAGACCGAGUGUUGCACCUGUCAGACGAGUUGAGAUGUGUGGAGAAGAGGUGGGGAAGAGAGGGAGAGGAAGGCCCAAACAGACGUGGGUUAGGGGAGUCAGAAGUAAUAUGCUUCUUCUUGGAUUGGAUGAGAGUAUGGCUUUGGAGAGAGCAAAAUGGAGGGCGGGUAUUCGUGUGGAAGAGUGAUCUUGUAUCAUCUUUUCUCCUUUUUUUUUCUUUUAUAUUUUUAUCCUUAUAUAUAAAUAUUAUUUUAUCCUUUUUAUUUGAUCUUUUAUAUGUAUAUUCAUCUCUUUUAUAUUAUCUGUUUUUAUAAUAGCUUAUCUUUUUUAUCUUUAUUUUCGUUCUUUUCCUUUUGGUGAUAUCAUAUAUCGAUUCAUGUUAGCCGACCCCAAUAUCGUUUGGGACUAAGACUUGGAUGUUGUUGUUGUAGUGAAACUGCAAAUCUACUAGUGCGGAGUUUCUUUUGAAAUACUAGAAAAGUCUGGUUGAAUCCUCAGUUUCUAAUUGCCCAUAACUGUCCAUGUUUUUCUUUCUUUAAGAAAAUGAGAAGUUGUAUAGUUCUUUUUUAUUAGUCCUGUUUGUAUGCUCUUCUGCUAUGAGCUCAAUUUUCCCGUGUUAUGAGAGCUGGAUACAGUCCGGGUAAUGGUUAGGUGUUAACUAUUAUAGCUUACAUGGAAGUAAGUUAGAAUUAUAGUCUCUGCUGUUCAAUGACAGGGCUUGCAGCAUCAAAGGGUGCCAGCUGGAGUAGGUGGUGGGUACACAAAUCAGAUGAAUCCAAACAAUGGUUUAGGAUUCAAAUCGGAGAGUUAUGGUGUUAGGUUAGGCGCACAUGAUAGUGUGGCUAUUCAUAACGCAGAUAGGUCACAUGGUCAUAGCAUUGUUCUAUCGAGUGAUAACACUGAAAGUGCGAGUAGCAUAAGUCUGAAUAGAGGGCCCCGUGCAAAAGGCGUGAGGGAUCAGAAGGACUCUGAAGCCAUCAUUCUAGCAGUUAAGGAGCGUAUUCUUAACACUGUGAAGGGUAACAAUGUCAAUGACAAUGAACCUUUACCUCUUUCACCGGGCAGGGGACAAUACAACCGAGAUGAUUUUCCAGAAACAUUCUCAGCUGCUAAGUUCUUCGUCGUUAAGUCAUACAGUGAAGAUGAUGUACAUAAAAGUGUCAAAUAUGGUGUAUGGGCCAGCACCCCCAACGGUAACAAGAAACUAGAUGAAGCAUACAGAGAAGCCCAGAAGAAGCCCGGUGGAUGCCCUGUAUUUUUGCUGUUUUCUGUCAAUGCAAGUGGACAGUUUGUUGGUCUUGCAGAGAUGGUUGGUCCUGUUGAUUAUGAUAAGACAGUAGAAUAUUGGCAGCAAGACAAGUGGAACGGGUGCUUCCAUGUUAAAUGGCAUAUUGUAAAAGAUGUACCAAACAGUAUGUUGAGGCAUAUCAGACUCGAAAAUAAUGAGAAUAAACCUGUAACUAACAGCAGAGAUACUCAGGAGGUUGGGCUUGAGCAAGGUAAUCAGAUAUUGAAGAUAUUCAAAGAGCAUUUUAGUAAAACAUGCAUUUUAGAUGAUAUUGAUUUCUACGAAGGGCGGCAGAAGAUGAUGCAUGAGAAAAAGGCUAAGCAACUCUUGUCAUCAAACAAACAGGAUGGAAAUGUCAAACCAGCUGUGGUAGUGUCAGCACAAAAAGUUGUUGGGGAAAUAGAUACAGAAGGAUUUACUUCUUUAAAUGGAGGAGUGAAGAGGCGGGAACAACAAAGAUCGUUUGCAGCAGUUCUGAUUUCCCAUGAUAAUAAAUCGCACAAAACGGCCUAGUUAUUUAAACUAGAAUUAUCUAGGUAAUAGGAUACAUACAUAAUAGAAACAUGUUUUUCUUCACGCUUGUUAUGGAUCUAUACAAAUGAGGAUCAUAACAUGGUUAUAAUGAGGGACUGAAAAGAUACAGGUAUACGGCUAAAACCUACAUUUGAGUUUUUUACUCCAAUUGAUCUGUGAGUUUUGAGUUGUUUUGGAUCAUUAGGUUUUUGUGAUGCUUGUGUGAUUGUGUCCUUAUGAUUUUUUUAUCAACAGCCAGCUUUGUGUC